AUGAACGCGCACGCCCUACUCACCUCCCAAGGCUGGCGCGGCUCCGGCCACUCGCUGCACGCGCACAGCGACUCGAUCGGGCUCGCGCGGCCGCUGCUGGUGUCGCAGAAGCAGAAUACGCUUGGUGUGGGGAAGAAGCAGCAUCGGACGAGCGAUAUGUGGUGGAUGAAUGCGUUUGAUAAGUCGUUGCAGGGGUUGGAUACGAGCAAGGAGGGUCAGGUGGUCCAGACGGUUACCGGGGGGGGGUUGGAUAUGGUGAAGAGGGGUGGGGGGAAGUAUGUGGGGACGGGGGGGUUGUAUGCUUGUUUUGUGAGGGGGGAGACGUUGGUGGGGAGUGUAAAGGAGGUUGUGGAGGUGAAGGUUCUGGAGGUGAAGGUUGAGGAGGAUGAGAAGGUGGAUAAGAAGGCGGAGAAGAAGAGGAGGAAGGAUGGGGAGACGAAGGAGGAGAGGAGGGAGAGGAAAUUGGAGAAGAGGGCGAGGAGGGCAGCCAAGUCGAGCGCGAAUGAAUCUUCGAGUACCCCCUCCGACGAAAGCGACGCGGUAGAGACGAAAGCACAGCGAAAAGAACGGAGGCGGCUAAGGAAAGCAUCGAAAGCCGAAGCGGCAGCCGCCGCGUCCCAGGACUCCUCCGAUACCCGCUCCUCAAAAGACGACAAGAAGAAGAAGAAGCGGAAAGACUAG